CUUAAAAGAAGAAGAAACGUAAACAAACAUUAGCGUAGCAUCAAGGGGGCUUUGCAUUUGUUAGGUGAUGUUUUAAGGAAAGAAAUUAUGGAUGUUGAUAAUGCAAAGAACUCGUCUGAAUCUGGAAAUGGAUUAUCUGAAUUACAGGAAACUGAACAAGAUAGUGAUGGUAUAUGGAGCACAGCUUCAGAAUACAAAAGUGAUGCAGAGAGUGACAUGAUAUCAACUGAUUCCGUUUCACAUGAGCUGCUGACUGUUAGAGAUAAGACUGCGCUCCAUCAAGAAGAGGACCUAAAUGAAAUUCACCAGCUAAUAUCAGAUGCAGAAUCCUUAGCCUUAGAAAGAAGUCAGAGUAUAUCUAGUGGCAGUCCAGUGGCAGACAACAUGAAUCACUUUGGACAAAGUGCCCAAAAUGUGACCAACAGUCCUAUAGAGAAAAAGCUCUGCCCCAGUCAACAAACAAGUUUUGAAACUGAUGAUUCAGGGUACUAUGGCAAGGGUGAUGUUGCUGAUGGGCCUCAAAGUGCUUCAAUGCAAAGUAAAUGUUUUAAAGACCAAGGUAGUAUGCCUCAUUCCAGAGAACCAAAUCAAGGGCUGCAAAAUGUUGAGGCUGGACAAGUGAGGGACGGAACGAGAUUUGAUCCACGUUUGUACGGAUCAGCACAAGCCCCCUUUAAAAGUGGUUAUCUAAUCAGUAAUUCUUGUGAGAAGGCAAAUCUUUAUCAGGAAAGAUUUGUUCCUAAGCAGAAAACAUUUGCCAAGCAUGACCAUGAAGAAAAGCAUUCAGUUACCAAGGAUGUAAAAGAGGUUUGUAACUCGUCCAUUAAGGAGUGUCGAGAAACAUUAGAAGGCGAUUCACCACCAAGGCGCUCGGAAGGUACUACCUCUGCUCUGCCAUCCAGUAACACACAAUACCAAAGGUUUGCAGCAAAAGAGGUAUCAUCAUUAGUGCAUGAUGAAUGUAGUAACCUUCUUCGUUUGGCUUUGACCUCCACAAGUAACCUUGGAAGGAUCACAAGGUUACUGCGCCAAGUAAUGACCCUCCAGUUUGGUGUGGACACCCCUAGAGUUGCAGAAAGUGUACAGAAGGAAUUAGAAGAUUUUGAAAGACAACAUUUAACCCUGCAGUCACAGUUACACUCUGAACCACCAAAGCUGCAAACAACACUUAGCCAGGUGCAAGCAAUAGAAUCCACUCUCAUGGAACUGCAAAAUGAAAGUGCAGCAGUUGAAAAAACUGCAUCCUCUAUUUUACAAGUAGUAGAAGAAACUUUGUCUUCAUGUGGUCUUCAUCACAUGAUUGCUGUUACAUCCCCUAGAAGGCGGAGUGUAGGGCGGACACUAGAAGAUGCCGAGUCAGCUUUAGCAUUGCUGCUGGGAGAAUUGAGUAGAAAAGUGGCAUAUUGUAAAACCCUCGAGCAUGAAUUGCAGUGUCAAGAACAAGAAAGAGAGGCUUUACAGAAAUUAGUGACUGAUAAAGAAACAAGACUGUUAACUCUGCAGAGAGACCUUGAAAUUACAAAAGAAUGGGGCAGCUCUGAAAUAUCAACCCUAAAGCUUUGUCUGGCUCAGGCUGAAGCAAAUGCAGCAGAGACACGGAUGGAUAAAGAAAGGUCUUCAGAAAUGUUGAAGAGGCAGAAUCACGAGGAUAAGACAGCAAUAAAGAAACUUCAAAAGCAGCUAGUAGAUGUUCAGCAUUCAUCUGAUUCAAGAGUUUCUCAGUUAGAGGGUUGCUUGCAGGAAUUGACAAAAGAAAAGACAAAUUUAGAGUCAUCAUUGCAAGAAAUCAGAAAUAAUUACAGCAUUCAAGAAGAGCAGAUGAAUCUAAUGAAUGCAAAACAUAUGAUGCUGGUGGCUGGGCUGAGAUCCACAAUCAAACACCAGCAGGUGGACAUUGAAAAGUUUCGCCAGCAAACAGAAGAGACCUUACUUGAAAUGAGGAAUUCAGUUCAUCAUUAUAAGGAUUUAGAGAAUGAAAAAUCAAGUUUGCAGGAGGCACAUGACAAACUUCAAGCAGAUACUUCACACUUGAUGGAUAGGCUCAGGGAUCUGGAGCAAGAACGUAAAGAAUGUGAACUGUCACUGCAGAGUAAGAUUAAUGCAUUAGCUGAAGUUCGCCGUGACUUGGAACGCCAAGUACGAGCCAAAGACCUGCGUAUCCUCCAGUUACAAACUGAGCUAAGAUUAGAUGGAACUCAAAUUAAUGCACUUACAGAUGACAAUAGUAAUUUACAGCAAAAGGUUCAAAAUUUACAAGAACGACUGUGGGAGGCUACUAGGUCACGGCGUCGUCAUGGCAGUAAUAACAGCAGCAGAAGUAGUGAUGAUAGUCAUGGCUUGUAUGGCAACUCUUUUGGAAAGAGACCUGCAUCAGAGAGUGGAAGUGUUCUGAACCUGUUAAGAUCAUCUGAAGAGGGAUGUCAGAGUGGUCUAAAACUUAAGAGUUUGGAGAAAGACAUCUGUGAUGGUCAGUCAAGGGAGGAACAGCUUCACAAGCUGAUCAUUGAGAAAGAUGGUGCAAUCAAGAAUUUACAGAAUUCUCUUUCCAAGGAACUGGCUGCUAAAGAUAAAGGUAUAUUUUGA